AUGUUCACAAUUGCUGGAUUGGCGGCCCUGCUGCUGCAGUCCCCCGCUGUCCUGGCGGUGCCCCUCUCGCAGCAGCUGCUGGGGGCCACCCAGCCUACCGCACGCCGCGUGCUGGCAGUCCCUGCUUCCACUGAUGGCACUGCCCCCAUUGGCAUCCCUGCCCCUGCGUCUGGCUCGUGCACCAGCGGCAUGUACCCCACCACGUGCACCAUCCCCGGCACCGCCACGCCCUACUGCUGCCCGGCAGGCUACAGCUGCUACCCGGGCAGUGGCUAUGCCUGCUACAAGCAGAGCCCGGAUGGGUCCUUCCCAGGGCAGCCAACCAACUUUGGGUGCGGCGACAUCCUGGAAAUCACCAUCGACCAGAUCCAGGCCAAGUUCGCUGAGGGGACACUCACGUCGCGAGCCCUCGUGGAGUGCUACCUCAAGCGCAUUGCUGACUACGACAACCCCACCACCUUCACUGGCCAGGUGCCGUAUGCUGUGAACAGCGUGCUGGAGAUCGACCCGGAGGUGCUGUCGCUGGCGGAGGAGAAGGACGUGGAGCGCGCGGCGUGCAUGCCCAACUGCAGCCUGAGCAAGCUGCACGGCAUCCCCAUCGGGCUCAAGGACAACAUCUGCUCCGACGGCCUCAACUGCACGGCCGGGUCGUGGAACCUGCUGGGCAGCCACCACGCGCAGGCGCCCAUCGUGGACGGCCUCCUGGCCGCGGGCGGCAUCAUCAUGGCCAAGCUCGGCCUCUCCGAGUGGGCCUUCUUCCGCUCCUCCAAUGGCGUCUCCGGCUGGUCCGGCCGCGGCGGCCAGGUCUUCAGUCCGUACGUGCGUUACGCCCCGCUCAACAUCAGCACCAACAGCGUUCCGUACACGCCGGACAUCCCGAGUGCGGUGCCGCUGAACCAGAGCUUCACCAACAUCAACAACCCCAACAUCGUCUCCGGCUCCUCCGGCGGCUCCGCCGUGGCCGCCGCCACCAGCAUGAUCGCGGUGACGGUGGGCAGUGAGACGGGCGGCUCGGUGCUGUCCCCCGCGCGCGUGAACGGCGUGGUCGGCUUCCGGCCCACCAUCGGGGUCAUGAGCCGCAACGGCAUCGUGCCGCUCUCCGUCACCCAGGACACCGCCGGGCCCAUGUGCCGCACCGUGGCGGACUGUCUGUACAUGUUCGACGCGAUGGCGUUCGACGACCCGGCGGAGCCGGUGCACUCGGGCUCCACGCCCUGGCUGCCGCCCUACACGCGCCCCGCAGACGGCUACCUGCCCUACCUCAACUCCAACGGCCUGCAAGGCAAGAAGAUCGCCAUCUACCCGCUUCCCGCCACCACAACGGGCCCCGCCGUGGCCGCAUACCAACAGCUGCCCGACAUGCUCAGGUCCCGCGGCGCGACGGUGGACGUGCUGCCGUCCAACUUCACGUUCCUCACGCUGGGCGGCUCCGUGCUCUCGGGCGACUUCAAGGUCGACAUGAACAACUUCCUCUCGCAGCUGACGUGGGAGCCGGGGUACACGCCGCUGAAGACGCUGGGCGACCUGAUCGCGUACAACAAGGCCAACUACGAGCUGGAGUUCCAGGGCGGCCUCUGCUGCCGCGGCGACCCCGCGUACGCGCUCUACUACCAGCAGAGCUGGGAGGCCAGCCAGCUCACCGGCGACAAGCGCGACCCCGCCUACGUCGGAGCCAAAAUGAACUCGUCGAUGAUCGCGGCCAGCAUCAGCGACUGGUUCAAGUCCAACGGCUACGACGCGGUCGCCGCCAACGGCAACCUCAUCGGCACCUGGGCGCGCGUCGGGUAUGUGCCCAAGACGCGCCCCAAGAGCGCGCUCAACCUUCUGUCAUAUCCCCUCAAUCUCGACGAAUAUCUCUUCCCGGGCAUCUCGCUGCCGUGCCCGCUGGGCGUCAACGCGGUGGGCACCCCCCAGGGGCUCAACUUCCACGGGUACCCGUACAACGAGGGCGACAUCUUCGCCAUGGCGUACGACGUGGAGCAGAACCUGUGCCCCGGCGGGCGGCCCCAGCCCACCUACUGCGACGGCCAAUCCUGCUGA